UGCUAAUUGCCGAUCUGACCUUGAUAGUACAGUUUCGGGAGCAGUGAAUAUUACUCACCGACUUCUUGUCGUGUACAACAGAAAAUACAGAAAUAACCUCGUGAUCGAGAGGGGCACACUGUAUUUCAGUCUUUCAGAUCAGUUCAAAGCCUUCCAUCUACGCAUCUGGCUCAACUUUCCAUUCUGAACCGUUUCUAUGAAGUUUAUUUUCAGUGAAUAAAGAAGUUAUUAAAUCUGUCAAACGUGACAAGUGAAAUCUGUGUUGUGUUAUUGUGUUCCAAACAUUGUUUACUAUCAUUGUAUCAUCGGUCAGUUCCUUCCUAGUAAAAUUACCAAAUUGUAGUUCGUUUACUUACGAAUUCAUAGAUUUCUUUGUGAAGAAAUGAUCAACUGAUAUCAGAUUUCACUCAAAUAAUUCAAGACAGCUAAAAAUAUGGCAGCAAUACCAACCAUCGAACAAUACAACAGCGCCUAUCCACAUCUCGACUAUGAACAACCUCCUUGCCCACAAAAUGGUUAUGGUUGGAGUGGUAAUGGUUAUGGUUGGCAGCUCAGUCCAGAUCAGUGGAAAACAACUACAGUUUAUCCUAGUUUGGACAACGUAGAUGCUGGGGACGAAGAAGAAGCAGCAGAAAUACCAGUACCUGUUGAAGAACCUGUUAUCGUGGAGCAGAUUGUUACAAAGCAGGAUGCUGUGUAUGGAGAGAAAGGAUCAGGGUUCAAGACAAAGACGGGAGGCCCGCAGGACUUCUAUGCGCUGCGAGAACAGCACCUGAAAUCGCGAACUCUAUACGAGGAUCCAGAGUUUCCAGCUAACAACUACUCACUCUUCGCCUCUGGAUAUGCGGACAGACAUUUCAUCUGGAAGAGACCUGGGGAAAUCUGCGAUGAUCCCCAACUUUUCGUGGAAGGCUUCUCCAGAUUCGACGUCCAGCAGGGCGAGCUUGGAGAUUGCUGGCUUUUGGCCGCCGUCGCCAAUCUUACCAUGUACAGGAGAUUGUUCUUCCAAAUCGUCCCAGAUGACCAAGGCUUCGGUGAUGAUUAUGCUGGAAUAUUUCAUUUCCGAUUUUGGCAGUAUGGCCGGUGGGUGGAUAUAGUAGUAGACGAUAGGCUUCCAACGGAUGGAGGCAAACUGGUCUAUCUACACUCAACGGAAGAGAACGAAUUCUGGAGUGCACUUCUGGAAAAAGCUUACGCCAAAUUGCACGGAUCGUACGAGGCUCUGAAAGGAGGUUCCACGUGCGAAGCUAUGGAGGAUUUCACGGGAGGAGUCACCGAGAUGUAUGAAUUGGAGAACUCCCCACCUAACUUAUUCAAAAUCCUGGAAAAGGCAUUCCAACGUGCUUCGCUCAUGGGCUGUUCAUUAGAGCCUGAUCCUAAUGUUUUGGAAGCUCAAACCCCAGAAGGUCUCAUUCGUGGUCACGCCUACAGUAUCACGAAAGUCGUCUACCUCAACAUCUCUACACCAAAUGUUUCGGGAAAAAUUCCGUUGUUGAGGCUCAGGAAUCCAUGGGGUAACGAAAUUGAAUGGAACGGGCCAUGGAGCGAUGGGGCACCCGAGUGGAGAUACAUCGUUGAAGAAGACAAGAAGAAGCUGGGUUUGAUCUUCGACAAUGACGGUGAGUUUUGGAUGUCGUACAAAGACUGGGAGAAGCACUUCGAUCGACUGGAGAUAUGUAACUUGAACCCCGAUUCUUUGUCGGACAACGAGUCUCAGAACAAGAGGAAAUGGGAGAUGUCCAUAUUCGAGGGGGCUUGGGUGAAAGGUGUAACAGCUGGUGGGUGCAGAAAUUUCCUAGAAACCUUCUGGAACAAUCCUCAAUAUAGAAUAACUCUCACCGAAGUGGACGAAGAUGAUGACGACAACAAGUGUACUUGCAUAGUGGCCUUAAUGCAGAAAAACAGAAGACAGAUCAAAACACAAUCAGGCGAAGAACUGUUGACCUUAGGAUUCGCUAUAUAUUUUCUCCCCAAUCCAGAUCGAGUGCCCAAACCCUUAGACAUGAACUUCUUCAAGUACAACGCUUCAGUUGCUAGAUCUCCGUCCUUCAUCAAUCUGCGCGAAGUGAGCUGCAGGUUCAAACUACCUCCUGGUACCUAUUGCAUAGUGCCUUCCACCUACGACAAGAACGAGGAGGGAGAAUUCCUGCUACGUGUCUUCUCCGAGCACCAGAACAACAUGCAGUACGGUGGUCCUUCUUAUUCUAUAAGAAAUAGCGGGUAUAACGAAAACGAAGAGGAUAACGAGGUUGAUGACGGGGAUCGUGCGGGUUACGGGGGCUACGGUGGUAGCAGGAAUUUCGGAAGGUUCGAUUCCGACAGAGACGAGCCUUCUCGUCCAAGUUAUCCGAGUCACGACCCAGGCUACCCUCGUCACAGCCAAGGUUUUCCUCAAGAUCCGUUUACGCAACCCUUCACUUCUUUGAUCAAUCAGUUUUUCCACACUGAUCUUUGGGGUGCUAACCCACAAAAUCAACAACAACCACACCAACAGCAACCAUCUAGUCCGCCCUAUCCUUCUGCUAACGCACCUGCGUGUCCCAGUUCACCCCCAUAUCCAGCCGCUGGACAAUCGCCUGGUCCUCAGCAACAACCUUACAGCUAUCCUAACCCAGGAUACCCGGCUGGACCUCCUGCGGGAUACCCUGGUUACCCAGGAUCCGCCCAAGGUUACCCACAAGGUGGGUAUCCACCUCCGCAAGGUGGAUACCCUCCCAACCAGGGUGGAUACUCGCAAGGAGGCUAUCCGCCACAAGGAGUAUAUCCACAAGUAUGCCCGCCACAAGGAGGAUACCCUCAGUAUCCUCACAACCCUUAUCCUUCCAGUCCUCAACCUCAGUAUGCUCCACCUUCCAGUUCCUCUAAUAGGAGCGGGGCUGAAAGAGAGCUAGAACCUAUAACGAAUCUGUUCAAAAAGUUAUUCAAGUGAAUGAUCGGUUUAGUGCCUGUUUCUAGGGUUUACAGUAUUAUGUUCCAUUUGUUACACCCUUUUAUUCGAUUUUAUCUUCUCCUUCCAUGUAUAUAAGUAACUAUUAUGAGCAAGUUUUGCGGGAGAUUGCUGAUAUUUGUUUCAUUGUGAACUGAAAACUUUGCUAUGAGGAAUGAUAGGUACUUCAAACCUUCGUUUGUAUGAUGCUGGUGUCCAUGCUGUUAUGUUUUUGUUUAUUUCAAGUUUUUAUUGAUGUGCAUUUCAUCACUUUUCAAACCUUAUUGAAUGAUUGUGUUACUUUUUUCUUUCUGCGCCAUUCAAGUAGUUGGAUGAAAUUUUACCAUUGAAUGUGCUUCAUUCUAUUACUUUCUGCUUGGUUUUGCUCGACGUGUUUUUGAUUCUCGAAAACGGCCUUAUGUAUUGCAGUUUCAUAAAAAAAAUAAAUAAAAAGAAUUUAGGAAUAAUGAGAUGAAAAAGUCAUGAUAUGUCAAAGACAGUUCAAUCAUCUGAUAUCUAUCAUCGGUUCCCUAGUUUCAAGAGUAUCAAAGCCGAAUGUUGUUAGAAUUCAAUAUUUUCCAAUAUAUUUUUUUACUUAUCAGUAAAUGAAUUCGUUCCAAUUUAAGAUUGAAUAAAUACUGUAGCCUACAAACAACAAUACGAAUUUUAAUAAGGUUCUUAAUGCUAGGUGUCAUGUAUAUAAAUAGUCAAUUCAGUAAUAUAUCAUUCAACUGAUGAUAAUUCGAAACAUUUUUUCACGAAAAAUUCCGUCUUGCGAUAAAAUCGAAUCAGCGCUGUAAUUUAUGUCUGAUAUUCAAUCAUGAGUUGUUGAUUAGACAUUGUUAUAUAGUUAUGAAGCUUCAUCAGAAAUGCUUAUGAAAUAAAUUACUAAAUGCGGUAGUUAAGAAGCUAUUAUUUAAGCCAAAUAUUGUUAAAUUCACUAAUCCCAAACGGCUAUAUGCAAUGAGUUAACAUAAUGGGUUUAUUUGCAUACAGAGUAUCCCUCAAACAUUUUCAAAAUGCUUGCAAUUGCAAUAAAAUAUAUUUGCGAAAUUGUUCGCAUCUAUACUAAAAUUGACAUCUGUAAAUAUUUGGGACAUACAGUAGAAUACUCAGGUGGUGGAUUUUAGAUUUAAUGAGUUAUCUCAAUUGAAGGAUCUGAACAAUUUUGUUUUGUUAUUCAUGAAAUUCAAAUUAUUUUCUGUCGUUCAGGUUAUGAGUUAAAAAUUAACAUUCAACACUUUAAAAUAGGCAACAACAAAAAUAUGGCAACUUGUGAGUUUGAUUGAAAUUGUCAGCCUAAAUAGUGCAGUUAUAAUUGAACAUUUUUUUAGUGGAGUUUGUUCUAUUGUUUAUUAUACUAGCUUUUGUAUAAAUGCUUAGAGAAGAUCUAAUUUAUUCAUAACAUUUUUCCAGUGUAUUUGUUUUAGUUAAUUUUUGUAUUUAGUUUUAAUAAUGAGGAAUAAUGAAACGAAUAUAUCAAAUAGUGAAACAAAAUAACAAUAAUUAUCGUAACUAACAUAUUUUAUCAUAGUUAUUUCUCAAUCUCAAAAUUCAAACCAUAUUUGAACAAAUAAAGCAGUCAAACCAAA